AUGUUUCAUGUCAACAGAAGAAUCAUGGAGGUGAAGAAGGAACAACAUGAGGAUAUGCCUGACUAUGAUACAAAAUAUGAGCAAGAUGAUGGAAACCAAGAAUAUGAUUCGGACAUAGAAGAUGGUGAAAAUAAGGACAUUGACUACAAUAGACAUUCAGAUUCGGAAGAAGAAAUCCAAAACACAGUUCAUACUAGGUCAAAUAGGAAGAGGGGCAUGACUCGAUUGCCAAAGCUGAAGAUUGAGUAUGUCAAUUCUGGUGGUAGAAAAAAACGUGUCAGGUUUGAUGAAUUCGAUAAAUUUAUAGGGAAGAAUAAUACAAUGUUUGUUAGUUAUUUGGGUGAUCUUGUCCACGAGAAGGUGGGAUUAAGUGCUCUUUGCUGGAAAAAAGUAAAACCGGAAGUGAAGGACAAACUAUGGGAAGAGAUUACACGCUAUUUUGAAGUUCAUGAAAGUGGAAAACAAUUUGUGAUGAAUAGGCUUGGUAUCCUUCUACGGAACUUCAUAAGGAAAUUGUAUGCAGAUUACAUCAAGCCACAUCUAGGAAAUCCCAAAAAGCUUGAAAAAAUCCCCCUUCGUUAUCGUGCACUAAUUAUUGAAAAAGAUGAUUGGAACAAAUUCGUGACAUAUACACAAUCUCAAGAGUUUAAUAAUGUGUCACAAAGGACUAUCAAAGUGAGAAAGAUGUCAAAGUAUGCUCAUCGGAUGGGACGAGGGGGGUAUACUACUCUUAGGAGGAAGUUGAUUGAAGAGAAAGUGAUUUCAAAGGAGGAAAUACCCCCAAGAUGGAACAUGAGAAGCAGAUAA